AAUAAAAAAAAAGGACGGAAUAUUAUUUGCUUGCUGAAAGCCCGAAAGCUGAAGAAAAGCACUUUUCCUCGAGAAUAAUCUCACGCUCCAAAUCCCACUCACUCUCGCUUUCGUAUUCGAAUCCUCUUUCUGAAUCGAAUUCCCACCUCGAGAUUAAUGGCGGUGGUCGGCCUCUACCGCCGGGAGCUUCCCUCUCCUCCUGCAAUCGAAUUUGCUUCCCCAGACGGAAAGAAGUUAUUUACUGAAGCUCUUGGAAAUGGAACCAUGGAGGGGUUUUUCAAGUUGAUCUCUUACUACCAAACGCAGUCGGAGCCUGCUUAUUGCGGGCUGUCCACCCUCGCCGUCGUCCUCAACGCCCUCGCCAUUGAUCCCGGAAGAAAAUGGAAAGGCCCAUGGAGAUGGUUUGAUGACUCAAUGCUGGAUUGCUGUGAGCCUUUGGCAAAGGUCAAAGCCGAAGGCAUCACAUUCGGGAAAGUUGCAUGCUUGGCGCAUUGCAACGGCGCUGAGGUCAAGGCAUUACGAACCUAUGAAAGUUCGGUGGAUGAAUUUCGUAACCAUGUCAUUUCGUGUACUUCUUCAGAGGAUUGUCAUGUCAUCACAUCUUACCACAGAGCUGCAUUUAACCAGACUGGAAGUGGUCAUUUUUCACCGAUUGGUGGCUAUCACGCUGGAACAGAUAUGGUUCUCAUUUUGGAUGUUGCUCGAUUCAAAUAUCCUCCUCAUUGGGUUCCCCUUUCGCUUCUUUGGGAGGGAAUGAAUACUAUUGAUGAAGCAACUGGACAUCAUCGGGGGUACAUGAUCAUUUCAAGGCUUAACAGAAGCCCGUCUAUUCUCUACACUGUGAGUUGCAGACAUGAAGGUUGGAGUAGUAUUGCGAAGUACUUAACAGAAGAUGUUCCUCUCUUGUUGAAGUCGGAAGAUAUAAAAGAUGUUCAGAAUGUAAUCUCUGUUGUCUUCAAAUCACCACCUGCUGACUUGAGAGAGUUCAUUAAAUGGGUUGCCGAAGUUCGGAGACAAGAGGAUGGGACUCUGAGCUUAGACAAAGAGGAAAAAGGAAGGCUCGCUAUCAAGGAAGAGGUAUUAAAACAAGUAAGAGAAACGGAACUCUUCAGACACGUAAGCGAAUGGUUGGCUUCUAAAUCAAUCUGUAAAGACAUAUCACAAGGUGGUAAAGAUACAUUGCCUGAAAUUGCUGCCAAUGUUUGUUGUCAAGGAGGACAAGUAUUUUCCGGGAGUGUCAGUUCAUUUGAUCGAGCGUGCUGUAGGCAAACUGACGUGAAACUCUUGAAAUGCAAUGGUGAAAAGCCCGUUACUGUGGUGUCGGGGACUGUAACAACAAAUGGCGGUGAACAAGCAGUUGAGAUGCUGGUUCCCUCAUGUCAAACCAAACCAAGCAGCUUGUGUUCUUAUUUUCAAGGUAGCUGCAUAGGGAUGCAUCCAUCUACAGGUGAUGUUCUAACAGUACUUCUAUUGGCUCUGCCUCAACAAACAUGGUCUGGCCUUAGAGAAGAGAAGCUACUGGCAGAAAUCAAUUGCCUCAUAUCACCCGAUUGUCUACCAACUUUGCUUCAAGAGGAGGUUCUCUACUUGCGACGGCAAAUCCGCUUCCUCAUGACUGAUAAGUGAUAAUGGAGCUGUAUCUCUUUCAAGAUGUGUAUUCUCUUCUUAUGCUUAAGUUCUUAAAGCAUAAAACACACAUACACCCAAAAUCAAACACAAAAGGAGUGAAAUUUUUCGGACGAUUUGGUGAACAUAAUAAUUUUUUUUUUUCAUGUAAUUGUACUAUGAUUUAAUCCUAAUUAACAUUCAGUUGUAAGAUUUACCAAUAAACUUACAUUGGCAA